AUGGGUAAAAUAACAAAAAAAAGUGAAAAUAAUAAGCAAAGACUUUCAGCAUUUUUUGCUUCAACAAAAAGUCGGCCAGAAAGUAAUAAGUUAAAAGUCGCUGAAACCACAAAUAAAUUGGAAAAUGAUAAAACUAUCGCGACACCCACGAAACCCGCGAAACCCCCAACUAAAAAACGCGUCGUGGUUAACGCAAAAGAAAAGAAAGAAGUGAAGGCUUCUCCCGUUAGUAAAAAAAGUAAAUCAAACGCUUCUCGUCGACGGAAAGAGUUGAUUGAUAGAGUUCGUGCUAAAGGUCAAAAGACGAUAGAAGAAGCAUUUCAAGGAAUGGCUAGCUCAUCCGCAAAAAAACAAAGAACAAUGUUGAGCCGCUUAUUAGAUAUGACAGAUUCUAUCUCUUUCAUGUAUACGUCAUCUAACAAAAAUGUUAUGUAUCUAGGAGAAGUCGUAGCGACAUUAAAAGAAAGUUCGGAUAUUCCAUUAUCACAACGUAAGCCUUUAUUAUCUGAUUUUAUUCAAUGA